AUGUCAGACGCUACCCAACAAAGAAAGAAGAAGAGAUCCAGAGAAGAGGUUGAUCGUUCAAGACCUGCAGUAGAUGAAGAAAUUACGGAUCCAUCCUCGAAUGAAGAUGAACAGCCAGAAAUUACUGACGAAGAAGAUGAAUUGGAGUCUGAAGAAGAAUUUGAGGGGGAAAAUCCUGCUGAUAAAAGAAGAAGACUAGCAAAACAAUAUUUAGAGAAUCUGAAAACUGAAGCCAAUGAUAUUUUAACCGAAAACGGAAAUGAUACAGAAGAGGCUCAGAAGUAUAUGACGGAGAAAUCUGUUGAUAAUUACAAUAACUUUGAUGCUGGUGAUUUGGAUAAGGAUAUCAUUGCAUCGAGAUUGAAAGAAGAUGUUGCUGAACAACAAGGACGAGUCUUUAGACAUUUUGCUGAUAAACUUCUAAUUUCCGAAGCAAAGAAAACCUUUACCAGAGUAGGAGAAAAAAAUCCUACCUGCAUUAGUUGUUUCCAACCAGUCUUGAACAAGUUUACUUUUGAAGAAUCAUCCAAUGGUGAUAAGAACAAGGGCAGACUAUUUGCCUACACAGUUAGUAAAGACUUACAACUCACGAAAUAUGAUAUUACCGAUUUCAACCAAAGGCCUAAAAAGUUAAAGUAUGCCAAAGGUGGAGCUAAAUACAUACCUACAAAUAAGCAAGAAUAUGAGAAUACCGCAGAAGGUCACUAUGAUGAAAUUUUAACCGUAGCAGCUUCGCCAGAUGGAAAAUAUGUUGUUACAGGUGGAAGAGAUAGAAAGUUAAUUGUUUGGAGUACAGAAUCUUUAUCACCCGUUAAAGUGAUUCCCACAAAGGACCGCCGAGGAGAAGUUUUAUCCUUAGCUUUUAGAAAAAAUUCUGAUCAAUUGUAUGCAUCCUGCGCUGAUUUCAAGAUAAGAACAUACUCAAUAAAUCAAUUUUCCCAGUUGGAAAUCCUUUACGGACAUCAUGACAUGGUAGAAGACAUAUCUGCUUUGGCAAUGGAAAGAUGCGUUACUGUUGGUGCUCGUGACAGAACUGCCAUGCUUUGGAAAAUUCCAGAUGAAACCAGGUUGACAUUUAGAGGUGGUGAUGAACCCCAAAAAUUACUAAGAAGAUGGAUGAAAGAGAACGCUAAGGAGGGAGAAGAUGGGAAAGUUGAAUAUCCUGAUGAGUCAGAAGCACCUUUGUUCUUCUGUGAAGGAAGUAUCGACGUUGUGAGUAUGGUGGAUGACUCUCAUUUUAUAACAGGCUCUGACAACGGUAGUAUAUGCCUAUGGUCUCUGGCGAAAAAGAAACCAAUUUUUACUGAAAGAAUUGCCCAUGGCAUUUUACCCGAACCCUCUCUAAAUGACAUCUCUGGUGAAACUGACGAAGGAUUAAGAAAAAGACAGGUGCAAGGUAAGAAGUUGCUGCAACCAUUUUGGGUUACAUCUCUGUACGCUAUACCAUAUUCGAACGUAUUUGUCUCAGGGUCUUGGAAUGGAACUUUGAAAGUUUGGAAGAUUAGUGAUAAUCUAAGAUCAUUUGAGUUACUGGGUGACCUAUCUGGUUGUAAAGGUGUAGUGAGCAAGAUUCAGGUUGUAGAGAGCGGUAAACACGGUAAAGAAAAGUUCCGUAUUUUGGCUAGUGUAGCUAAAGAGCAUAGGCUUGGUAGAUGGGUUGCAAAUGUUCCAGGUGCAAGAAAUGGUAUAUAUUCUGCUGUUAUUGAUCAAACAAGUUUUUAA